CUUUUCUCUCUUUUUCUUUUUUCGUUGGUAUUCCUCUUUUUCUCACCCACUUUAUUUAAUUCGGCCACUGUCCCCGCAAUCUCAUCUUUGCAAUCAUGCUAAGCGCCUAUGCUUGGAUUUUUAUAACGGGAAUUAUCGUCUUCUUUGUGGCUAUUGUCAUUCUCUUGUUUUUCACCGGUUCCCCCAUUGAACUUCCGUUGCAUGGAGGUGCCGACGCCGAUUUUGAUGAAUGGCCCGUAGAAACAGAAGAACUGAUUGCCGCUUUACCAGAAGAUGCAAGAUUAAGCUACGAAAGAGCAAAGACUUGGCAAGAACGUCAUCCUCCGGACAGUAUUCCCACCGACAUUACGCCUCCGCAACAAAUGAUUAUUCAAGAGAAAGGCGUAUCUGCUUUCGAGUUUGAAUGGGAACCGGAGACGAAUUGCUUUGUUGCUGGUCGCACAGAAAUUCAAUUCUUGCAUGGUGAAUGUUGCGUGCAGACCAAUUUGCCACUGCCGAGAAAUCAAGAAGUAUAUUAUUGGGAGGCCAAAAUGUUUGAAAAACCGCACACCACGACAGUAUCGGUAGGCGUGGCCACUAAACCGUAUCCUAGCUGGCGCUUACCAGGCUGGAGUCGUUAUUCUAUUGGUUACUUUUCUGAUAAUGGGUGCAAAUACUUUAGUUCUCCGUUUAACGGGAAGCCGUACGGCAUGCCCUUUAAUCAUGGCGAUGUGAUUGGGGUGGGUUAUCGCCAUCGAACGGGAACAGUUUUUUUUACUCGUAAUGGACGCAAACUGGAGGACGCUUACACCGGUCUUCGAUGGAAUUUGUUUCCGACAAUUGGCGCCAAUGGACCUUGUCAAAUUCACGUUAAUUUGGGACAGAUGGGAUUCGUUUUCGUGGAAGCCAAUGUGAAAAAGUGGGGAUUGGCUCCCUCACAAGGAACUCGUGCACCGCCACCUGCUUACGGAUCCGAAAACGAUACCAUUCUUUUGGCAGCAGGUAUGUCGUCUGCCACCACGAGGGACGAAGGUGAUGCUGUUUUAAUUUCAAUGGAUGACGACGUCAAUACGGUCACCGAACCUCCACCUUACACGUCGCCUCAACUUGCCCAGUCCAAUCAGUCCCCUUCCUCCGAUCGACGCUCUGGUCCGGAAACCCAGACAUUGCUCGAUUAAGAAAAAGAAAACGUAUCCCAUUCACCCAAUACCCCCCCGUCCACUUAUUUUUCCCCUUUUCUUAUCCAUUCUCGUCAAUUUGUAACUCUCCAUUAUGUAUCACAUUGAAGCUUCUUGUAUAUAAUAUAUGUGUCGUCAUUCUUUCUCUCUUUUCUUCACAGAAAUCCGAUCUGCUCUUAUCAUUGUCUAAUGGAAGUGAUGGGAAUGUGCGGAGAAAAUAAGCAUAUGUGAGCGAGUUGCCAGCAAUGAUACCGUAUUAAAAAAAAGUACAGGUUUUUCGUAGUGUAUUGGCGCUCUACUUUCGCUACAAAUGAGGGAUUUUUCUAAAAAUCAUUCGUGGGACAUUAUUCUAUGUAUACAAUCAAUGAUAAAGAGAUCUGUUUAUUUCUGCCGAUCUUCCGCGUUGUAAC